AUGUGGAGGACAGCCCGCGACUCGGUGUGCCUCAUAUGCCGCUCAGCCGCAGGUUCCAGGAACGCUCUCCUGGAGUCCAGGCAGGCAUGGAUUGGCCAGCGCACUUUUGCGACGCGCCGGGAGCAGCGUCCAUCGCGCAUGGUCCUCUCGGAUCGCGUCGCCCGCGGGCCGAGAACCGAUGAUCCCAGGAGGUCCCGCGACAGGCCCGACGGCCCCUGGGCUGGCACGAACCGCACCGUCGCCAACAUCGACCCCUCUAAACGGCGAGGGCCGCCGCCUCGAUCCGCAUCGCCGACGACUGGCCGUGAUGGCCGCGACAGGGACACAAGGAGCAGGGACAGGGGCCCGAGCGACAGAGACGAUGGGCGCAAAGCGCUGAAGAUGCAGCGUGCGCUGGCGACUAUCCCCUACCGAGAGCGGAUUCAGGUCAAGGCGCGCAUAUCCGACGUCGAGUCCUUCGACCAGUUCAAUCUGCUGCCAUCCAUCAAAGAUGCCGUCAUGAAUGAAGUGCUCAAGGGCAUGGUGGGCGUCAAGCCGACCCCCGUGCAGAGACUCGCCAUCCCGGCCCUGCUCGGUCAGCCGAUCGGACGGCUCAGGCGAAAUGACUCGUCGCGCCUAAAGAAGUCUCAAACCGAACGAGAAGAAUUCCUCUUGGCCGCCGAGACGGGGUCCGGCAAGACGCUGGCGUACUUGCUGCCCACCAUCCACGCCCUCAAGGUAGCCGAGGCCGACGAUGCCGACGUGCAGGCAUACAACGAGCGCUUGGAGGCAGAGAAGCAGCGGCGGGGGGGGACUCCGGUGUCCGAGUGGUUGGACAAGUUUGAGCCGCACCCCAACACGGCCCGGCCGCGCGCCGUCGUGCUGGUGCCGACGGCCGAGCUCGUCGGCCAAGUGGUUGCCGUCGCGAAGGCCAUCUCCCACGUGGCCAAGCUCAAGGUGCGUCCUCUCUCGGCGAACUACAACGUCGCCAAGAUCCAGCGCAACCUCUACAGCCACGGGGGCAUCGACAUGGUGAUUGCGACACCGCACCUCCUCGCGAGCAUGGCCGACAGCGACCCCAACAUCCUCUCGCGGGUGCGCCACCUCAUCGUGGACGAAGCCGACUCCCUCUUCGACCGCUCCUUCUCGCCCGAAACCUCCAAGAUCGUCGACCGCGCCAUGCCCUCGCUCAAACAGCUCAUCCUCUGCUCCGCCACCAUCCCGCGCCGCCUCGACAACUACCUAGCCGCGCACUUCCCCAACAUCCACCGUAUCGCCACGCCCAACCUGCACGCCAUCCCGCGCCGCGUGCAGCUCGGCGUCAUCGACGUGUCCAAGGACCCGUACCGCAACAACAAGCUCCUGGCCUGCGCCGACGCCAUCUGGUCGAUCGGCAAAGACGCGGCGCAGCACGAAGGACCCUCCUCCGGGGCCGGCCAGGACGAAGUCGACGUCAAGCGCAUCAUGGUGUUUGUCAACGAGCGCGAGACGACGCAGGAGGUGGCCGACUACCUCGUGUCCAAGGGCAUCGACGCCGUCGCGCUGCACCGCGACACGCCCGAGCACCGCCAGAGCGAGAUGUUGGCCAACUUCACCAGCAACGAGCCGCUGCGCAUCAGCCGGGACGAGGUGGAGCAGAACAAGCAGCUUAUCCUGGCCAAGCAGGUCGGCUCGGGGUCUGGGUCGGGCGGCCCCAGGAGACACCUGCCGAAUACCAAGGUCAUUGUGGCGACCGACUUGGCGUCCAGGGGCAUUGAUACCCUCGCCGUCCGACAUGUGGUGUUGUUUGACGUGCCGCACACGACCAUCGACUUCAUCCAUCGGCUGGGUAGGGCUGGACGGAUGGGUCGGAGAGGGCGGGGCAUUGUGCUGGUGGGUAAAGACGACCGGCGGGAUGUAGUCGCCGAGGUGAAGGAGAGCAUGUUCAUGGGGCAGGCGUUGAUAUGA